AUGGAAAUGCUUUUGAAGAGGGGAUCUAAACUUUCAGAGAGAUCUGAAAGCCAAAAUCAAUAUAAUGCUCUUCAUAUAAGUAUUAUUUAUAAUCACUUGCCAGUUGUCAAGUUUCUUAUUGAAAAAGGUAUUGAUGUUAAUGAGACAUGCAAAGGGAAGCAAACUUCAUUGCAUUUGGCCGCUAAAGAAGGAAACAUUGAAAUUAUUAAUUUAAUUCUUAAAAAUGGUGGCAAAAAGAAGGCAAUUGAUGAGAAUGGUAAAAUGCCAUAUCAAAUUGCUGAAGAAAACAAAAAGAAAGAUGCCUAUCCUUUGUUAGUUCCCACAGAAUCUGAUGAUGAAGAUCCUAUUUUUAAUCAAAGUGUUGCAAGCAAACAAACUGAUGCAACUUACGAUUUGGAUGAUGAUUUCUUUGCUCCUACUUAUGAAAGGGAACAGAUUAAGUUUGAUACAACAAAGGAUUAUACAAGAGCUUUCACUUGUAUUGAGUUAAAUCAAGAAAUAAAGCUCAAGAAAAUUAUUGAAGAAAACGAAGAAGUUUUGAAAUAUUUCGAAAUUUCAAGUGGAAAUUCUUUAUUGCAUGCUGCUGUUUUAAGGGAAAACACACAAAUAAUAAGAAUGUUGCUUAGUUAUGGUGCAGAUAUCAAUGCAAGAAAUGUCAAAACAGGACAAACACCUUUUCAUUUAGCUGUUAUGAAAGGCCAAGCAAUGAAAUCUUUAUUAAUAAACCAAGGUGCUGAUGAUCAAAUAAAUGAUUAUACAGGAGAAAAUCCGGCACAAAUGCAGUUAAGAUACUUUAAUAAAGACAUGGAAAACUUCAAUAAAUUGAUGGAGCUUUUAAUAAUCGGAACUUGGAAAGAAACAGAAGAUUUCAUCAAAAGUAAUGUGAAAGUAUUGAAUCAACGCCGCAAAGAUGGGAAGAAAAUGCUUCAUAUUGGAGCGAUUUUCGACAACAUUAAGUUAGUUAAAUUAUGCUUGGAAAAUGGAAUCAGAAUCAAUUCAAGAGAUAAAGAAGGAAAUACAGCUUUGCAUUAUGCUGCUUAUUACCAAAAUGAAGAAAUAGCAGUUUAUUUAAUGAAGAAAGGUGCUGCAGGAAAUUUCUUGAAUUUGAAAGGAAUGGCACCAAUUCACAUUGCUGCAUCAAGAGGCUAUAGAAUUCUAUUAGAAUCAAUGAUACAAAAAGUUGGUGUUGAUCUAGAAUCAAUUGAUAAAGAAACACUUUUGUUUUUCGCAAUCAAAAAUCAUUUAUAUGAAAUUGCAAAAAUUUUGUUAUUGAGAAAUGCAAAUCCAAACCAUAUUUCAGGAAAAGAUGAAUCACCAUUACAAGUAGUUGUUUCUCUUGAUGUUGAUGAUACAACAAAGAAGUUAUUCAUUAAAUUAUUGCUCAAAAUGAAAGCUGAUAUCAAUCUUCUUAAUGGAAAAGGUCAAUCACCAAUAUUCGAUUGCUGCUUUAAUGGAACACCAAAUGUUCUAAAGUACAUGAUUUCUAAAGGUGCCACUGUUAACAUUUCUGAUAAAAACGGUAACAUCCCACUUCAUAUCGCUGCUCAAAAAGAUAAUACAGAAAUUUGUGGCGUACUUCUAAAGUCAGGAGCUAAUGCUGCAGUAAGAAAUGCAAGCGAAAAUCUUUUACCUUCAGAAGUUGCACAAAAUCUUAAGAACAAUCUUGUUGCAAAGCUUCUCAAAAUAUAUGAAACAAAAUAA